AUGUCCAACCCGCCACAGUCGGGGACGGGCGCGUGGCCCAAGGCCGACCCGGCCGCGUAUCGUCCGCUCAACGUGCGCGAUGCGCUUAGUUAUCUGGACCUGGUCAAGAUCCAGUUCGCGGACCAGCCGGAGGUGUACAACCGCUUCCUUGACGUGAUGAAGGAAUUCAAGGGCCAGGUGAUUGACACACCUGGCGUCAUCGACCGCGUCUCGACUCUGUUCCGCGGCCAUCCGUCCCUCAUUCAAGGUUUCAACACCUUCCUGCCUCCCGGCUACCGAAUCGAAUGUUUUGGCCCCGAGGGCGAUGCCCACGGCGUCAUCACCGUCACCACGCCCACGGGCACCGUGUCCCAGGUGCCUGGCAGCGGUGGUCUCGCAGCCGCCAUGGAGCAGAGGGAGCGCGAAAGGGAGCGCGAGCUGGCCCACAUGGCCCAGCAGCAGCAGCAGCAGCCUGAGCGUGAAAUUCCCAGCCAUCCGGGGUACAGUGGUGCGCCACCGCCCCAGCCGCACCCAUACGGCCGUGAUGGGCCACGUGCCGAGCCACUUGCCGCGCGGGUCCCGGCAGCGCUGCCACCCCAGCCCGCGCCGGCUCCGCGCCAGGCUGCUCCGUCUUCCGUCCCCAUUCCUCCGCAGCACCCUUUGCCUGUCUCCGGCCCGUCUACACCUGGGGCCGGGGCGUACCAGCAGGGCGCGCAGCAGCAGUCGGGCUCGCAGCAGCAACGCGCCACGCCCAUGCUCGAGUUCAACCAUGCGAUCUCGUUCGUCAACAAGAUCAAGAACCGCUUCAACUCGGAGCCCGAGACGUACAAGAACUUCCUCGAGAUCUUGCAGACCUACCACCGCGAUCAGCGCAUCGAGGAGGUGAGCAAGGGACGCCGAACCGGCGAUAACAGCCAGGUGUACGAGCAAGUAAUCGAGCUGUUCAAGAACGCCCCCGACCUGCUUGCCGAGUUCAAACAGUUCCUCCCGGAGAGCGGCGGCGCGAUGGGAUUCGGCUCGUUUGUGCAGGCUGCAGCGGGCUCGACUGCGCCCACUGCCGGCCAGAAGCGCAAGGACACCAAGGAUCCCGCAGCGGCCAAGAAGCGCCGUCAGGACAAGGCUGCAGCCCAGAAGAAGAAGAAGGAGGCGUCGCCCGAGGCCGACGAGCCCACGGUUGGUUCGCAGGUGCUGCAGACGCUCGCUUCGCCCGACGAGGUGGCCUUCUUUGACAAGGUUAAGAAGUACAUCGACGACAAGACGACGUACCACGAGUUCCUCAAGCUCCUCAACCUCUUCAUUCAGGACAUGAUCAAUUCCAAGGAGCUGCUCAACCGCGCCAAGGACUUCAUCGGUGACGCGGGCGAGAUCUGGACGUCGUUCAAGAAGUUAGUAGGGGCCGACGACUUGGGUAACAUUGGCCACGCAACCCAGGCGCAGGGCGGAUUCGGGUUCGGCGGUAUGGUUAACAUCGACAACCAGCUGUCAGAGAACACGCCGAUGCUCGAGCGCGUCAAGCCUGACCUCGGCAGCGCGCGCGCCAGGAGCUACGGCCCCAGCUACCGCAAACUGCCCCAGUCCGAGAUCAACUUAACUUGCACUGGCCGCGACGCCAUGUGCUGGGAGGUGCUGAACGACGAGUGGGUGUCGCACCCGACGUGGGCUUCCGAAGACUCGGCACCAUUCUCGACGCACCGUAAGAACGCGUACGAGGAGGCGCUGCACAAGUCAGAGGAGGAGCGACACGAGUAUGACUUCCACAUCGAGGCCAACCUGCGCACGAUCGCACUCCUUGAGCCCCUCUACAACAAGAUCCAGAGUAUGGACGAGGAGGAGCGCCGCCACUUUAACCUCAAGUCGGGCCUGGGCGGGCACAGUAGAUCAAUUUACCAGCGCAUCCUCAAGAAGGUGUACGGCAAGGAGUUGGGUCCGGACAUUAUCAAGGCGCUGCACGAGAACCCCGUCGUCGCGCUCCCCAUUGUGCUGGACCGCCUCAAGGCCAAGGAUGAUGAGUGGAAGAAGGCACAGCGCGAGUGGAAUCGUGUCUGGCGCGAGCAGGACGCCAAGAACUUUUAUAAGGCGCUUGACCAUCAGGGUGUCACGUUCAAGUCGCAGGACAAGAAGACGAUUGCCCCCAAGACGAUCAUUGCCGAGAUUGAGGCGCGUCGCCGCGAGCAGGUCAACGUGCGCAACACUAUGACACAGCCUGGUUCGACUCCUCGUCCUCGCCACCAGUAUUCGUUCGAGUUCAAGGACGUCGAUGUGCUCAAGGACUCGCUCAAGCUCGUGUUCGGUUAUUUGGACCGCAUGACCACAAUCAACGCAACCGAUAAGGAGCGCAUCGAGCUGCAGAUCCGCGACUUUAUCCCCACCUUCUUCAUGUUUGACAAGGACGAGUUUGACGACUUUGGCGACGCUGCCGAUUCGGAUGAAAGCACGGCUGGCGCCGAGUCGGACGGCGAUCAGAGCAUGGCCGAGGACAACGGGCGUCAGAAGAAGAGCGAGCCGUCUCUGCGCCAGAAGCUGCUCAAGGAGGCUAUGUCCAAGACUCGCGAGGACACAGGCACGCCAGCACCCGCCGAUGCACAGGGCGAUGGCAUGGAGAACAUUGAUACGAGCGCCGACGACGAGGAGAAGGGGCCCGACGACCCGUCGUGGGCACCUUUCCUUGAGCCUGAGGAAGACGCGGACUCCGACCCCGGCCUGCAACCCAGGCCUCAGCGUGCGGCGAAUUUCUUCGCCAACAACUACUUCUUCAUCCUCGUCCGUCUCAUCCAGAUCCUCUACUCUCGCCUGUUGUUGUGCAAGUCGAUCGCCACCGACCUUGCUGAGCAGAAGAAGCAGCCGAUCAACCCUGUUGCAAUCAAGCUCGGCCUCGCUGAGCCCGAGUCGCAGAACUUUGGUAUCGAGAACGGCGAAAACCCAGCACGCCACUACUACGGCCAUCUGCUGGCGCUGUGCGAGCGACUCUUUGACCAGGAGAUCGACCAGGCCACGUUUGAAGAGACGCUGCGCCUCAUGUUCAACAACAAGGCUUAUAUCAUGUUCACGGUGGACCGCGUUGUCAGCGCGAUCGUCAAGCAGACACAGCAGAUUGUCAGCGACAACAAGAGCCAGGAGCUGUUCAAGCUUCUUGUCGCGGACCGGCGACACGAGCGCACCACCACCCGCCAGCAGGUUGCGUACCGUAUGAAGGCCGAGACGGUGCUCGGCCCCGAGGAGAGCCGCGAGAACAUGUACCGGAUCGAGUAUGCCCCGCGCUCCGAGACGGUGGCGGUGCAGCUCAUCCUGCGCGAGGACCUGACGGUGGACCCCAAGAACGCCGUCGAGGCCUGGAACCUGUACAUGUCGGGCUAUCCUCUCAUUUACCCAACCGAAGGACUGGCGCACCGUGUCGAGCCGCCAUUCCUGAAGCGCACGAUUCACGAGUUGCCAGAGAACACUAGGCGCGAGACGUCAUAUGUCGCGAGCAGUGGGCUCAAGUUCCGCGUCGCCCUGGGCAACUACCGCCUCUUCUAUGUUCCGGGCACUGAGGACUACUUCCACCGCCUUGGCGGGGAGGACGACGAGUCGUCUAAUGAGAGUGCCAAGAAGCGCCUCGACGAGUGGGUGCAGAGCAAGCUCGACGAGCCCGAGGACGAGGACGAGCAGGAGUCUGCCGAGGCGCCCGCUGUCCCGAUGAGCGAGUAG